UGUUCUGCUCAGAAACGUGUAGGGUUAGUGUGGCAUAUCUCUGUCUUGGCCGCCAUUUGUUUGGAGGAAAAAGACCCGAGCUCAUCGCUUGCUGCCUGAGUCUCGUCAUCCUCCUUUGGCGCUCCCCAUAAAGCUAAGCCACCUCCAAAUCCUCCAUUGGUGAAGACAGGCAAUCUGAAGUUGGUGGUAACAAUAAACUCCGUGCGGAUCGAGCUGGACUUUUCAGUGAAUCCUGUCGCUCAGCGGCGGCCGCGCCGCUUAAAACGUCGGCCAUGGACCGUGCCGUCGUUGCCUGCGCGACUUCGUCUUCUUCUCUGCUCAUCACUUGCAACAGCAAGGUGCUCAAGAUGCUGGUGGUCGAGGACAAGGCCGGCGCCGUCGCGCUGAUGCUGGCGUCGUUGCUGCUCCUGGGCACCUGGCCGGCGCUGCUCACGCUGCUGGAGCGCCGGGGCCGGCCGCCGCAGCACACCUACCUGGACUUCUCCCUCACCAACCUCCUCGCCGCCGUGCUCAUCGCCCUUGCCUUCGGCCAGCUCGGAGCCGGCGAGCCCGACUUCUUCGCGCAGCUCGGCCAGUUGGAGGAUAACUGGCCGUCGGUGAUGUUCGCCAUGGCCGGCGGCGUGGUGCUCGGCGUCGGGAACCUGUCGACGCAGUACGCCUGGGCGUAUGUGGGGCUCUCCGUGACCGAGGUCAUCAGCUGCAGCAUGGUGGUGGUCAUAGGCACGACCCUAAACUACUUCCUGGACAACCGCAUCAACAAGGCGGAGAUACUCUUCCCCGGCGUGGCGUGCUUCCUCGUCGCCGUCAUCCUCGGCUCUGCCGUCCAUGCCUCCAAUGCAGCUGACAACGAGGAGAAACUUAGGGCAAGUGGAAUCGAGGAACCAAGCAAACAAGUAGUACUUGACAAAGAUGCUCCCAAGGACUUGGAGAAUGGAUCCUCUGGAGCCAAGCAUGCCCCCAGCAGCAAAGCUGAGGCCGGCACUGCAGAGUACCUCAUCCAGCUCGAAGAGCGGCGCUCCAUCAAGGUGUCCAGGUCGAGCACCUUGUUCGGGCUCGGGAUAGUCUUCUUCUCUGGCGUGUGCCUGUCGCUCUUCUCGCCGGCGUUCAACCUGGCCACCAACGACCAGUGGCACGCCCUCCCCGCCGGCGUGCCGCACCUGGCGGUCUACACCGCCUUCUUCUACUUCUCCAUCUCCUGUUUCGUCGUCAACGCCGGCCUCAACGUCCUGCUCCUCCGCCGGCCGAUCGCCGGCGCGCCCAAGUCCUCCCUCGGGGCCUACCUCAGCGACUGGAACGGCCGGCGGUGGGCGCUCCUCGCCGGCUUGCUCGGUGGCUUCGGCAACGGGCUCCAGUUCAUGGGUGGCCAGGCUGCUGGCUACGCUGCUGCUGAUGCUGUUCAGGCGUUGCCGCUUGUGAGCACAUUCUGGGGCGUCCUGCUGUUUGGAGAGUACCGGAUGUCGUCGCGGAGAACCUACAUCCUGCUCGGGCUCAUGCUGUUCAUGUUCGUCGCUGCCGUCGCCGUGCUCAUGGCCUCGUCAGGUCGCAGGAGCAGCAAGUGAUCACCGCUCCCUGUGUUUUUCAAAUGCAAAGAAGUUUAGGCAACAAGGCAAGGGCCCCUGCUUCAGGAAUCAACAAGGCGAAUUCGAUUCAUGAUGUUUUCAAUAGGAUGGGGAUUUGAAUAAAAAAUGCCUGUGGUGUGGUUCCAUGAAAGCUUUGAAAGUAUAGGAUAUGUACAAUAGUGUUUUUUCUUCUUCUGUUCUUUCCAAAGACUAUUUGGAGCAGAUAUGAUAGCAACUGAACUUGUUCCGGAAGUUUCUCGAUAUGCUUAAAAAUGUGUCUUCUUUGACACGCUCAUCACAAGGCA